UUCACUUUCGAAGUAAUCGCUUGCUCUAUAUGGGCUUGAAGACUAUUUUAUCGUUUCCGAUAUAACGAUUUCUUAAUUCGACACGGCUAAGCAUGGGGAACGCAACGAGUGUUCCUGAUGAACAGCAAAAUAGAGGACUGGACACAAGAGAGAGAGAACUGGACCGUAGAGAGAGGGAACUGGAGAGAGGAAAGGAAGAACUGGACAGAAGAGAGAGAGAACUGGAGAAGAGAAAGGAAGAACUGGACAGAAGAGAGAGAGAACUGAAGAGAAGACAGGAAGAACUGGACAAAAGAGAGAAAGAACUGGGUGGGAAAAAAAGGCGUGACAGCAAAGAAAAGCCCCCUGACAUGGCAGAACAAUCCUGAAGCUGCUCCUGGACUGUGAAUCUACUGAAGUGAGAUUUCAGAUUUCCAGUAAGGCUGAGGACAACUGAUAUAUUAAUUCAUAAUCUGAUGCACGGUUGAAGAGUUUGUUUUAUUUUUGAGGGCUUGAAUAGCCUAAUUUUGCAGAACAGAAUACCAUGAACUAUUGACAAAGAAAGGCCAGAGUCAGAUUAGCAGCUUGUAGAUGUUAAACCGCAGUCACACUUCAGUUUUCAUCUCAUUGAGUUGAAUUCAUACACAUACAAAUGCAUCAGAACAGAAACGCAAGCCUGUGCAAGGAUAUUUCACAAUUUUUUUUGCAUAUUUAGACUAAACUUGAAUCAAGCUCUAAUCCUAUUGAUUGAUUUUGCAGUGCAAAAGCUAUGUGCGAUUUGUUUUUGGACUUUCAAUUCAUUACUAAGAAUAAUAAAUAGCAGUAAAGCUCAAACUUCUUGCUCUACAGAGAACUAUCAUUCUGACAAAGAAAAUAUAUAUUAUAAGAAAAUACAAUUUGCAUUGCUUGUUAUGGCUAAAAAUCAAUGGUCUCAAGACUUUAUGGCCAUAAGACUUUAUGGCCGUGCUCACUAUUAUGUGAAAGAAUAAUGUCAAUACUUGUGAUCUCAUUAUUGCAGUUACUUCACCUUUAAUAAAAAAAAAUACAUUUACAGGCAAUAUUCUUGCUCUUAUACCACAAAACAAAAUAAUUCUCCUUCCUUACUCAAACACUUUAUUCUCUGAGCACAAACAGUUGCUUUGUAUAACUAGCACUUCUUGUCUAUAUUGUGCCUCUUGUUAAAUCGCUGAAUGUCUGCUUAAUUGUAAGUUGCUUUGUACGAAUGUGUCUGCUAAAUGUGUAAAUAAGCGUUCUGCGCUAGUUCAGACAGGGCUUGUAGUCAAACUCUGCUCUCAGCUUAUUUAAAAAUUGAAAUCCCAGGCUGUCCUAUCCCUAUCAGCUGAUCCAAAUUACAUGCACUCUACUGACAAAUGCUUAAGGCAAAUUAUUAAAAAAAUUAGAAUAAAGCUGGGAAAAUUCCAGCCUGAUCUCACGAGAAAACGUAAGUAUUUUACGUUUUGUCAGUUUAGUGGCUAAUUCAUACGAGUUCAGUCGUACGAAAUUGUACGAUUUUAAAAAGGAGGCGUGGCACCUAACCCCACCCCUAAACCCAACCAUCACUGGCGGAUGAGCAUAUCGUACUAAAUACAUACAUACAUACUACAUACGAAUUAGCCACUAAAUCAAAAAGUUGCGAAUUGCCGUGAGAUUGUGCUGAAAAUUCUCAUCCAGCACCCAUACAAUCAGCAUUAGCACCCUAUAGGGAUGUGUCCUCUCCCCACUGCUUUUCUCCCUGCACCAAUAACUGCACUGCACCCCUCUGUCAAGCUCAUGAAAUUUGGAAAUGACACCACAGUCAUUGACCUCAUUCACGAUGGUGAUUGAGUCUUAGAAGUUAAAGAACUCGCUGUCUGGUGCAGUCUUAACAACCUAGAGCUUAAAGGGUCUUGAAAUCCUAACACACACUUUUUGAGAUGUUGAAAGACAGGCCUAUUUAUGUGUGGCACGUUGCUCAAAACAUUAUUAGGACACAUAUAGUUCACUGUUCAGUUGAAAUAGUUUGUUUUUGCGUUAUUUAGAGCAAAACUGCUCUUUCAGUUUAAAAAGAAAUUUCCAAGCAAUGUCACGGCAAUAGGCAUGGCUCGAUACUAGAGGUGACAAAUAUACACCCUCA